AUGAAGCAGAGCAUCCUGUUCACGCUCGCUCUGGCGUCCAUCGCCGCAGCGGAGUAUGUCUGGCCUUCUCAGUACGAUGAGAUUGAGGAUCACCUCUCUCUUCAGUCCGGAUACCUUCGCAGAGGUUUCAUCGAUGGCGUCAUUACCUGUGGCUUCGGCACGAGCGUUCCAGGCCGUCAGAACUCUGCUGAAUGGAUUCGCGCCGCUUUCCAUGACAUGGCCACACACGAUGCCGCCGCCGGCACUGGUGGUUUGGAUGCUUCCAUCUUCUUCGAGCUGGAUCGCCCAGAAAACAUCGGAGGCGCUUUUAACAACACCUUUGGAUUCUUCAGCAGCUUCCACUCCAUUCGUGCCUCUGCUUCUGAUCUGUUGGCUAUGAGUGUCCUUGUCGCCAGCUUUUCGUGCGGCGGAAUCCAAAUCCCGUUCCGCGCCGGCCGUAUCGACGCUCAAGAGGCCGGCCCUGCUGGUGUCCCGGAGCCUCAGACCGAUCUCAACACUACUCAGGAAGCUUUCACCAGGGCAGGCUUCUCUCAAGGCGACAUGAUCGCCAUGGUGGCAUGCGGUCACACUCUGGGAGGAGUGCACAGUACGGACUUCCCCGAGAUCGUCGGCGUCGAGGCGGACCCGAACAACGACACCGUAGCCCACUUCGACACCGAAUUUGCCAACUUCGACAACGUCGUUGUGACCGAAUACUUGGAUGGUACAACCAAGAACCCUCUGAUUGUUGGAACGAACGACACGCUCAACUCGGACAAGCGCAUAUUCGCCGCAGACGGAAACAAGACGAUGCAAGCCAUGGCCGACCCCGCUGCGUUUCAGGCCACCUGUGCCGACAUCUUCACUCGCAUGAUUGACACCGUUCCCGCCAACGUUAAGCUCAGCGAUCCCAUCGUGGCCACAGACAUUAAGCCCUACAUCAGCGGCCUGUUCCUCAAGGAUGACGGCAACUUGUCCUUCGGCGGCCGCAUUCGCAUCCGCACCACCGCAGUCACUGGCCGAGACCCCAAUGAUCUCUCGGUUCAACUGACAUUCGCUGACCGCAACGCCAAUGGAUCAGCCGUCAUAACUACCCGUAAGGCGACCUUUCAAGGUGGAAGUGCGUCUGGCUUAUGGAGGGAGAGCUUCUCCUGGUGGGAGUUCGACACCACGAUCAGCCCUGACACGGGCAUCAGCAAGUUCUACAUCCACGUUACCAAGCCCUCAACCAACGAAACCAUCACGUACGACAAUGGUGGCAACGGAUAUCCCAUGAGCGACGUCCUCCUGUAUCAGCAGUCCCAGUCUUGCAUCGGAAAUGUUGCGGAUGGAAAGCUGCCGGUCACAGUCAAGGCUCUUGUUCGCAAGGACCGCACGCCUGCCACUGCUGAUGGCUUGACAAUGGAUCUGGUUCACGAGGUCCGAAGGCAGGGAGGCAUUGUCCCCAGAUUGGACGUUGAAAAGAUCAACUUCCAAGCUGCUGGAGAGGAUCAAGGCCAGUGGUCGGUUUAUACGGCCAAUGGAAGCGUCGAUGCCGACGGAUGGAACACCAGCUUUGACAUCAAGUUGGGUGGUGAUAACCCCGCCGAAGUUGAGUUUCAGAAGACGGGAGCUUUGAGUUCCUGCAGUUAG